AUGGCACUGACACUGCCACAGGUGAGACCAGCUGUGGCCCCUCAUGAGCGAUCACAAGCGCUUGGUUUGGAUGACGUGGUCACAGUGUCUCGAUCCUCAGGCCAUUCCCUGCGCCCCGACCUGAUAUCCUUGGCCGCUGCGGCCGUUGCAGGUGGCCUCGGUGUUGCCAUGUCCCGGCCCUCGCGGCCCUCGCGGCCCUCCCGGUCUGCCUGCCGGGCCAGCCGGCGGCAACUGGUGGCCGCAGGGCCACUGGGGCUGGCCGUGGCACCCGUGGCACCUGGCGCCGCCCUGGCAGCCAGUGAACCACCCACUGUGAUGAAAAAGAUCGCGGAUGGGGUUCACAUUUUUGAUCAAGCUUAUGGCAUCCCUGGCCUUGAGGUUGGUGCCAACAUUCCGAUUCGUAUGACCGUACUCAGUCUACAAGGUGGCGGGUACUUGGUCUACAAUCCUUGCAACCCCACUGCCGAAUGCAUGCAGAAAUUGAACGAAGCUGGUCUGACAGACGUCCGAUACAUCGUAUGUGGUACAGUGGCCAUAGAGCACAAGUACUAUGCCCCAGGAUGGGCCAAGAGAUUCCCAAACGCGGAGGUCUGGGUGAGCCCCAGGACCUUUAGCUGGCCUGUCGACUUCGGACCAUAUGUUCCUUUCGGAGGCUUUGCACGGGGAACUCCGCUGCAAAAAGUACCAAAAGAUGCUGCCCAGGCACCGUGGCAUUCCAAGGGCAUCGACCAUCUUCAGCUCACCGUGGACUAUGCGCCCCGAACGGUCUUUGAGGAAACGGUGCUGUUCCACCAGCCGUCAGGAACCUUCGUGUGCACGGACAUGCUCAUCGGCCUCAGUGAUGACCCACCAGAGAUCCUCACGAAAUCUCCAUACAGAGAGGGGCUCCUCUACUUUGCGCGAAAUGAGCCACUGGAAAAGGUGGAUGUCGACAGCUUCCAGGUCAUCAAGGAUGGAUACCAAAAGUCAACUUUGCUGCUGAACAACAUCAAUCCAAGAUCCUUGCUGUCGGUGGCUGCAGGUGACUUGACUGUGGUGGAUGAACUGGGCUUGGCAUCCAAAGCGCCACAGCCGGAGCUGGGGUACUUCGGUUGGUAUCCGUGCAACUGGCAAGACACCGACUCGCCAUGUGCAAAGCUGAAUGACCGAGUGCUUCCAAGUAAAGAUUCGAAAGGCUUUGAGUGUCGCCCAGGCUGGCGUGGCGAAUGGGAGCGCUUGGCUGCCGGAGUCGAAGGAACUGGCUUCCAGGUUCCAAGUUUCGUCGCAGAGCUCCAGAUUAGCAGGGAUCCUGAAACGCUGGACAGCUUUGCCAAAGAGAUCCCAAGACGGUGGCCGAAGAUUGAAAGAGUCGUGUCGUCGCAUUUCAGCUCUCCGUUGCCCGCCACGAGCAAGAACGUCAGCAAAGCCAUUUCGGCUGUGUGCCGUGGUCCCCCGGGCCCAGCGGCGAGAACGGCAGACUUGAGCGCCAUAUUGAAUUUCAGGGAUUAUUUAGAAGAAAAUGAUUUGAUCUACAAACCAGAGAAAGGUUUAGAACGAGAUGCGGAGAGCGUUUCCUUAGCAGGGAAGCUUGCAGGUGUCAAGGAGACCUUGCUUCAGACUCAUGGAAGCUCUACAGCUCUGUACUCUGAAGGGCUUUUGCCUCCGGGCCGCCGAGUGGCUCGCGAUGAGGAGAAAGUUCAGCCUCCCUCAGGACCUGAAUAUGCAGAAAUGUGUGUACGUCGCGCGAAAGGGGAGCAGAUGGAAGAUGACCAGAUGCGGCUGGAUGAGAUUGAGGACAUGGCCCCCAUCGAAUGGUUGGCUCGUUGGCAGUUGAAGGGCCUGGAACAGGUGGGCACUGAGAAUCUGCGCGCGUUGGAUGAGACCUUGGAGAUCAGAGGCUCCAGCAGAAAGCAGUUCUACGACAGGUUGAAGAAGCUGGAGAGCAAAGCUUUUUUGAAGAGGUGGAGGAGCCUCGAAGACUGGAGGCCCUGCAAUGGUGAUUUGCCCACCUGGACAGCAGCGGCAUCAUGCGGUAGCCGCGAAUCCGAUGAGUCGCAGGUGUUGAGGAUUGAAGGAGUGGACUGCAAGCUAGCUUUGGCCACUGCGCGAGCAGGAGCUAUGGCAGACUUCCUUCGAGCAGCCUGGGGCUCAACUGAGGGAUUUGCAGCGGUGAGUGCAAAUCUGUCCUCCAUAGCUGUGAUCCUGGGUGAGGAGCCGCUGAUGCUUUUGCGGCACGCUCCAUCCACGGAGGAGCCCAACACCUUGGCGGCGACGCAAACCUCCCGUGAUGAUGAUGACGACGAGGACUUCACAUCACUGACAUUGACCCGUGGUAAAGAGGAAGCUGCAGCAGUCAGCCUCUUGUUGCAUUGUUCACGCUUUGGCGGUUGUGCCGUCAAUGCAAACAGCUCUGUAGUUCCCUGGAGUUUUCGAGUCAGAUUGAAACAGGAGCCAUUUCGUUUUUUGCUGGCCCCCACCAGUACACACGAUGCAUUGACGACUGUGCUUUCGGUUGCCCGUGCCGUGACGCUCACCCGUGCUGAUCCCGCUUUGCUUCCAGAUGUGGCAGAUACACAGUCACCAUCAGCGACUACCAGCCCCAAGGCAGCAGACAGUGGACCAGAUGUACAGGCCUUGAUGUUAGACCUGGAUCUAGAUGUUGCAGCUCCAGUGUUUCGUUGGGGCUUGCUUUCCGACGGUCACGUCACCGUGGCCUUGGGGCGAUUUGUUUUCCGCACCAGCAGCCAACGGCCGCCCCAACACUUGGCACCGGCUGAGAGGUGCGACUGGAUGAAGUUCUCUUGCUUCUGCCAGCUGACCGAGACCUGUGUUACGGCACAGGGUGAAGACGGAACCGAAUGCAGGGUCUAUGAGCCCACAACCAUGAGCUUGCAAGCUUGGAGGGACGCGGAGAACGCCCAGCACUG